UCUCCUACAGAGCAGGAAGUACCGGAGGGUAAAGCCGAGGCGCUCCUGGACCGGCUGUGUGCGAUCGCAGCUCCGGUAAUGCGCUGACCCGGUUCAGACAGGCACCCAAACCGCGUUACCAGGACGCCGCUUCGGUAUCACAGCAGCGUAUUUGCCCGAAGGAGCGUAACGAGUCCGGGGAAGUUACCCUAAAUUCAACCUGAAACCGAAACCUACACCAAAUUUGAAAUUAGGUAAACCGAAUCGGAAACCCGAAGCAAUCCCUGCCUGUAUUUAUGUGUGUUGAAUCAGCGCUUCGAUUGAGAUGACCGGCUGAACCGACUGGCUCGGUCACUCUACUGAACCGGGUAGGGAAGCGAAACCCUGAACUCGGAGUUAUCUGUUUAUCUGACCUUACAGACGUCGUCAAAUGGAGCAGUGAGCGGACCGACACCGCCGUGUUAAAUGAUCAGCUAUUAGAAGACCAUGGAGUUUUACAGCUGCAGCUGUUUCUAUACGCACAACAUCUUCCUGGAGGAAUACAAGCUUCACGUCCGGUUUACCUCCAAGGAGCAAUUCCUCAAAGACUAUCGGGAUGUGCUGAGGAGUUGUGGCUGUGUGACUGAUGGUGAUCUCCAUGCUGUCCUUCAGAAGGUUGAAUCUGAAGUGGACAGGCGCAGGAACCUGUGUGAGAAAUCUGCAGAGAGAACGGCCCUUAUAAGCAGUGUUUACAGAGCCGUCCAUGGGGAGGUGUACUGCUUACAGGAGUCCUUCCUGGCCCCUGAGUUUCUGCAGCUAGUGAGUUACGCUUGUUCAGAAGGAGCUACCUGCAGGGGCUUGUUAGACCACAUGGAGCCAUUAGCAGCCCAGAGAGUGUAUCGCUUCCCGGUUUUCCGAAAGGAAUUCUGCAGGAUGCUGAUUGAGGAGCUGGAGAACUUUGAGCGCUCUGAGGCCCCAAAGGGGAGGCCCAACACUAUGAACAAUUAUGGGAUCCUCUUGAACGAGCUCAGGUUCGAUGAAGGGUUCAUCACCCCCCUCCGUGAACGCUACCUCCAGCCCAUCACACAGCUGCUGUAUCCGGACUGCGGCGGGCGCUCUCUGGACAGCCACAAGGCUUUCGUAGUGAAAUACGCCAUGGGCCAGGAUCUGGACCUCGACUAUCACUAUGACAACGCUGAGGUGACCCUGAACGUAUGUCUUGGGAAAGAGUUCACCGACGGAAACCUGUAUUUUGGCGAUAUGAGGCAGGUCCCUCUGAGUGAGUCGGAGUGCGCGGAGGUGGAGCACCGCGUGGCCAGCGGCCUGCUACACCGCGGACAGCAGAUGCACGGGGCCUUGCGGAUCUCCUCUGGGGAGCGUUGGAACCUCAUCGUGUGGCUGCGGGCGUCAGAGCAGCGUAACAGGCUGUGUCCCAUGUGCAACCAGCCUCCCCGCCUCGAGGAGACCCGCGGCUUCGGGGAUGGCUUCACCCGGGCGCCUCCGGGGCCUGACACUCACACAGCCUCCUGUCUUUUACAUUAGCCUGUUAUUUUACACCUUUCCUGUUAAACGCAGACUCGCGCUGCUGGGCCAAGUCGAAUACAGAACUUUGUCAGAGUGCUAGAUUACAGCACCGGUCAAAGGGUAUCUGCGUUAUUGUAACCCAUCCAGCUGAAAAUUGGUCAGUUUCUAAAUUCCAAAUAAUGUAAGCUGCAUGUAUACCUAAGAAUUGGUAGCUGUAUGAUUUUUUUAAUCUGAAUUCCAGAAACGUGAUUAGUGGAAAAGAAAAAUUGUAUUUUUUUAAAUCGGUGGAUUUCAUUUGUUAGAUAUGCUUUAUCAAAACAUUAAAAGGACAAAUUUUACCCA